AUGGCGGAAUCUACAGCAAACAACGAGCCUGCAGCACAGAAUGAACAGAAUGAGCCCACUACACAAGACAACCAUCAGGUUGAGGCUGAAGUCGAAGUAGAUCUUCAGGCUACUGAUAAUGAUUCUUCUUAUGGAACCGAGCUCUCAACCUACAGCGCCUCUUUAACCUCUUCAGUGCUGAAUUACCGCCAUGAGAAUGGCAGGCGCUACCAUGCUUAUCGCGAUGGCAGCUAUCUUCUCCCCAAUGAUGAGACCGAGGCGGAUCGCUUAGAUAUAAUGCAUGAGAUGACACUUGAAAUGAUGGAGAGGAAACUAUUCCUUGCACCUAUUGGACCAUCGCCACAGAAAGUCCUUGACAUUGCUACCGGGACUGGGAUAUGGGCGAUUGAUUUUGCUGAUGAAUACCCUUCUGCUGAGGUCAUUGGUAAUGAUCUGAGUCCUACUCAACCAAACCUGGUUCCACCAAAUUUGAAAUUCCUCGUCGACGACAUUGAGUCUGAAUGGACAUAUGAGAAAAAUUCAUUUGACUUUAUCCAUGCUCGUUAUCUAGCCUACUCUAUCAAGGAUUUCAAAAAGUUGUUGAAGCAGUGUUACGACUGCACAAAGCCUGGUGGCUGGGUAGAAUUUCAGGACUGGGAUACACAGGUGAGGUCCGAGGACGGAUCUCUGAAGGGCACAGACCUUGAGAGGUUUAUUGCAGAUUUUAUCAAUGCUUUUGAAAAAGCAGGGUAUCCCACAAGACCUGGUCCACACCUUGAAGAAUGGUUCCGUGAAGCAGGGUUUGUGGAUGUCCAUGUGAAGAAGUAUUAUGUGCCACAGGGAGCCUGGCCCAAAGACCCGUAUUACAAAAAACUUGGGACAUGGAAUCUCCUUCAGGCUGAGACAGGCUUUAAGGCGGGUGCUCUGGCCGUGUUUACAAGAUUUGAGUCAUGGAAACCCGAGGAAGUCGAGGUUUUUGCAGCAAAAGCUCUGAAUGAUAUCAAAAAUCCUAAGGUCCAUGCACUGUAUGACUUUUAUGUUGUGUACGGUCGGAAACCUGAGUCGACCAAGUGA